CCAGCUCAUGAAAUCUUCGACCCAAACAAUCAUAAACGAAAAACUACUGAAUCAUUGAAGAGAAGCAAAGGAAAAGCAAAAGACAAAAGUUAAAAAAGAAGACAAAGAAACAAGAUUUCCUGAGGAAGAAGCAACCGAAUUUAAAAUCAAACGAACUUGAAGCGAAAAGAGAGAGGUACAGAAUUUGGCAAUUGUGAAGUUGAAUCAGAGAUCGAGAAAUCGGAAUGGAUGUGAUAAAGACGCAGCAAAUAUCGGCUAGACCGAUAGAGAAGGUGAUAGUACACCCACUUGUUCUCUUAAGCAUCGUUGACAACUACAACAGAGUCGCCAAGGACACUCGCAAACGUGUUGUUGGUGUCUUGCUUGGUUCUUCUUUCAAAGGCACCGUUGACGUUACCAAUAGCUAUGCAGUGCCAUUUGAAGAAGAUGACAAGGACCCAAGCAUCUGGUUUCUUGACCACAAUUAUCAUGAGUCAAUGUUUUCAAUGUUCAAAAGGAUAAAUGCCAAGGAGCAUGUUGUGGGUUGGUACAGCACAGGUCCAAAACUGAGGGAAAAUGACCUGGAUAUUCAUGGAUUAUUUACCGAUUAUGUGCCAAAUCCUGUCUUGGUCAUAAUUGAUGUCGAACCAGUAGAGCUGGGAAUACCCACAAAAGCUUACUGUGCUGUUGAAGAGGUAAAAGAGAACGCCACGCAGAAAAGCCAGAAGGUGUUUGUGCAUGUGCCUUCAGAAAUUGCUGCUCAUGAGGUUGAGGAAAUUGGUGUAGAACACUUGCUAAGGGAUGUGAAGGACACCACUAUUAGCACCCUUGCAACUGAGGUGACUGGGAAACUAACUGCUUUGAAAGGUUUGGACGCUCGACUUCGAGAAAUACGUGGUUACCUUGACCUUGUUAUUGAUGGAAAGCUCCCACUAAACCACGAGAUUUUGUACCAUUUACAGGAUGUGUUCAAUCUACUUCCAAACCUCAAUGUUGCUGAUCUAAUCAAGUCAUUUGCAGUGAAAACCAAUGAUAUGAUGUUGGUUAUCUAUCUUUCCUCCCUCAUCCGAAGUGUAAUUGCUCUUCACAACUUGAUCAACAACAAGAUACUCAACAAAGAACACGAAAAAGCAGAAGACUCAAAGUCAGUUGCCGUUCCUGCUGCUGCUGGUAGCUAGACAUAGGGAUUUGACCUGUCUGAAUUUCCCGCAUGAUAGCUCCCCUCUUGAAGUUAAUUUCUGACUUUGGCGGUUGUCUUUCUCACAAGAGUUUCCCAGCUUUGGAAAUCCUUAUGUUUCUCUUAGAGGAGGGAGGGGUUUGGGGAGGUGGAUGGAGUUUGGAAAACAUUCCUCCAAAUUUGUGUUUCUUGUGAUUGAUUACGAUAGUUGCCCUUAAGAAUAUUUGGAAGGAAGCUAAAAGUUCGUUCUUUAGCAUAAGAAUCUCUCCUAAUGAUAUUUCCCUUUCGAGAAGGGCUGGCAUUAUGCCAUUCAAAUCGAAUUUUCAAUGAAUUAGCGUGAAUGUUUCAUCAGUA